AAGGUGUUUGCAACUCCUGAGCAGGGGGUUGUGUACCAAAUUACAGAGCCGUAGUCCAGGCGAGAGAAAACAGAGGAAGACGACGGAGGAAUGGGCGUUAAUUACUACAAGAUUCUUCAGGUUGAUCCUAAUGCCAAUGACGAUGACUUGAAGAAGGCGUACAGAAAGCUCGCCAUGAAGUGGCAUCCGGAUAAGAAUCCUGAAAACAAAACUGACGCCGAAGCCAAAUUCAAGAAAAUUUCUGAGGCUUAUGAUGUUUUGAGUGAUCCUCGAAGACGAGUUGUGUAUGAUCAGUUAGGAGAGGAGGGUUUGAACAUGAAGAUGGAAACACCAUCGCCAAGUGGUUCUUGCAGUAGCCGUACAAGUCAUGCUUCGUCGACUAGGUUUUGCUUUAACGCGAAAAGUUCCAAUGAUUUAUUUAUGGAGUUGUUCGGUUUUCCGAACCCUUUUGGUGGGAUGGGACACAUGCCUGAUCCUCGUGCUGCUGCUUAUAGCCUUUCAAGUGGUUGGUUUGGUGAUAAUAUACCUGCUUCCGUUAGUAAUGGAGUUGGUACGGGCUCCAAUUAUAUGAGGAAAGGUGCUACAAUAGAGAGGACUUUGCUGUGUAGUUUGGAAGAAUUAUACAUGGGUUGCGUGAAGAAGAUGAAGAUUGCUUGGGAUGCCAUCGAUAAUAGUGGGAGACCAACUACAGUGGAGAAACUUGUCACAGUAGACAUCAAGCCUGGAUGGAAGAAGGGAACUAAAAUUACUUUUCCACAAAUAGGAGAUCCGCAAUCAAGAGUAAUACCCUCGCAGCUUGUGCUUACUCUUGAUGAAAUACCUCAUAGAGUUUUCAAAAGGGAUGGCAACGAUCUUAUUGUCACCCAAGAUAUCACUCUGGUCGAAGCUCUAACAGGAUACACUGUGCAUCUAACAACUCUUAUUGGUCGAGACCUGACGAUUCCAAUCGAUUCGAUCGUCGGGCCCAGUUAUGAAGAAGUUGUCAUGGGAGAAGGGAUGCCAAUCCCCAAGGAGCCUUCAAGAAAAGGGAAUUUGAGAAUCAAAUUCAACAUUAUGUUCCCCAUCAAACUAACGUCAGAGCAAAGAAUGGGGAUCAAUCAGUUAUUAACCUCUUCAUAAAAGAUGGUAACUCAUUCUAUUUGUCGUAUAUAUUAUUUCCUUGCUAUAGGGUAUUUUAAGAAGUAAAUUCUUGUUUUGUUGGAUUUAAUAAAUGAAUCAGAUGCUGAGUUUAGGAGCUUGAAAUUGAAUGUUUCAUUUCUUCUUAAAUGCAAGUUCUCAAUCUGAGUAA